CGGGAAUACCGCACGCGACUUACCGGUAGCUCCUUGUACAGAACCUGGACGGGAGCGCAGAUUGCCAUCGCACUUGGCAUGGCAACAUCAUAGACCGAUAAAACAUCGAUACGUCGUGACAGCAUCUUCUGUCCCGAUCCGGAGAUGGAGCGUUGUUUGAAAAAAGUUGGUUAAUCUGCGAACUUCACUAGAGAAUGUCGCAUUUUCAAGGAUAUCGUCUAAAAUCUUUGCUCGAGAACAAAGACAGCACAUUGUUCAGAUUCAUCGCAGAGCCCUUUGCUAAUGGGCAUCUCCGCACUCAAGGAAUGAUCGGCUUGAAAUACACUAUGCCUCCAGUCGCUUUCCAGGAUCUGUUCUUGAACAUAUAUAUGGUCAUCUUUGCUAUCGGGAUAUCUGUCUUCAUCCUGAGUCUGGUUUUUUGCUGCUGCUUUAUAAGUAAAUUGCAAAAUCAAGCCCAGUGUGAGAGAUUUGACUACAACUUGGUUGUGUUCAGAGGUGAAACAAAUAACGUGAAUUUUCACGAGCAAACAUGCGCAGUGUGUUUGGAGGACUUCAGAAUAAGUGAGGAGCUUGGAAUGCUGCCGUGCCAACAUGGCUUUCACAAAAGGUGUCUGAUGAAGUGGCUCCUGGUGCGGUACACGUGUCCCAUGUGCAACAAACCUGUCGCUAGUCCCACGGGUCACCUCGGCAACAUUUUGGAGGAACUCGUGUGACCUUCAAUGCAUCACAUGCUCUACAGACUCUGGUGCAUGAGGACGUUUGAUUGCUUUGUUUUUAUUUCCAAAGAAGGGUGACAUCUCUAACCUGAACUCACAGUUCUGAACACAGAAGGAUGUGUCCUGUUCUGUCAUGAUGGGUUGUUGUUGAGGAAUGAGACUGAACUGAGGAAUCAAAGUGGUCAGUGCAAAUAAGACUAGUCCAAUUUUAUAAUGAACAACAGAAGAAAGAAUACAUAUAGGGAUAAAAGCACUUAUUUUAUACAACAAAAGAGCUCAUGAUUCAUUUUUAUUGUCUGAGUUUCUAAAUUAUGCUAUUUAUUAUAACAUUUAAAUAGUAACACAUCCCUCCAACCCACCCCCCAAAUGUUGUUUAUGCAUGUUCCCAGAGUGUCUAUGUUCAAUUAAUAUACUACAAAACAGGUGAAUCCUUCUGGGGUUUUGUUUCAUUUUUAGAUUUUAGUGACGCCGUGUUACUGUAUAAUUGUUUAGACUGCUCCCUGCUGGACGACAGGAGAAACUGCAAGAACACACCAUUUCACCUGAAAUCAGAAAAGAUUUUAAUAAUCUCCGUUCCAUGAUAUAGAUUGGAAGGACGUUUCAUGGUUUGAAGGCCUUGAGAAUUCUAAACCACUUGAAUUCAUGAAUAGUCAUCUACUUGGAGACAACCUUCUAAAAAAAAAUCUUUUGAGAAUACUUUGUUGAUGAAGUGAUUAUUUAUAAUACAUAAAACAAGGCCAAGAUACAUGGAACAAGUACUUCAAGGAGAGGAAUGGCUUAAAGAAAUAA